CUCCGCGUGUGCGCGACGUUAAACCAAUUUAUAUUUUGCAAUUUCUCCCUCAUCCCAAUGCCGCAACUCGUAAACGACAAUCUUCGUGUACAUUACGAUCCCACACGUGCUUGAGGCAUUCCAAUGUAUCGAUAAAAAUAAACAGUCGCGAUAUUUCUCGGAAGAGCUGAAUGACUCCGAUCAGCACCCGAAAAUUGACUUUUUGGGGAAUUUAAAAAUUGUUUGUGAGUUUAGGAUUCAGCGGAGGAUGUGACGCGUCGGUUUAGUCACUUAUUUAGCAAGGUAUUGGUGCAUUUAGCGGAGAUGUGCAGUUUAAUGUGACCAUUACCCAAGUGUAAUUCAAAUGUUCAUCCAAUUCUCGAGUGGAUAGUCGCAGAGUUGAACGACAAAUUUGCCGGAGGGAGGAACGAUCGUAGACCCGAUAUACAGAGGUGAUAAAAAUAUACCGGAGGAAAAUCUCGGCUGUGAGCCAAGUGGCUGGGUGUAUGAAUAUAGGGUCAGUUGAUAAGAUAAUCUAAAUGACAAUCGAACAACUGUCCUAAAUCAUCUGCAGUGGUGAAGUGCUCGCAAUUGUUGUUUCAGAACUGAAAUCCGUGUCGAAGUUGUGAUGAUAUUGGUUACGAUAGGGAGACGAUUUAACGUUUAAAAUUUGAUAUCCCUUGUUGACGAGUUUGACCUGUCAAUUUGUGUGAACUGAAAAGGCUUUGAUGGGAGAUUCUUCAGGAGAGCGUGAAAAUCCCUAUUUUCAAGAGCAGAUUCGAGUGAAACUCCACACGAAAAUAAACUGAGGACACUGGAACGAUAUAAACCCGUGGAGUCAGCGUAACAUCACUGGCUCCUUCAUUUUCAUCAAAUCUGACUUCAUAAAUAACAUUCGAAAAUUGAUUGCAAAUGACAAACGUUAAAACUAUUUUUAAAUGUAACGGUGUAGCCGACAAACGGUAAAUCGUAGUGAAUCGACAGUGCGGGAGUGUACGAAGACAGUGGAAGUGGGUGAAUUUUUUUCGAUUCGAUAGACUUCAAUCUGACCGGGUUCACCGGCUAAAUGAAUGUGUUUACCCCAGGCAUUUGUGGUAGUGAAAUCGAGGGACAACAGGGGUGCUCGAUUUAAACACAUAGAUGUACGUGAGGAGUCCACGAUGGUGGCCUGGCUCCCGCAACAAAUUCUACUGCUUCUCAUACUUGUCGCAGCAGGGACCACUGGCGCCUCAGAAGAGACAGAGAAAUGGAGUAUCCCAAGUGGUCGUAGGAAUGAAAAAUCAUCGACCCUCGGUUCGAGAGUCUCACCGAGGCAGAAGGAGCAGGGAAGUGUGACUACGACAUCAAGUGAUUCUCUCCAGGCUGUGCCAAAUCAACUGUCAAAAAUGACUAUCCGAAUAAAUCGGUUCAGUUCGAUUGUUGAUAAGGAUAAGACAUUAUCGGGCGUGUCAUCCCCAACUACUUCGCAAAUCAGUCAAACAACUCCCGAAAGUAAUGAAGGUUCGCCGAGUGAAAAUUUUCCUGGAGAAAGGUAUGAUGUAUUGAGUAAUAUAGAUAACGAAAUUGAACCAACGAUGUCCAGCAUCGAUUCGGUGGAAUCGAUUGGAGGGCAAGUGGCGAGGAGAGACCGAGUCCGAGCGGAGCUAACGAGCAUCCGCGGUUUCCUUCCCACCGCGAAACCGGCUGAUCAGCCGGAUGACUCGACAAUGAGAGAAUUUCCAUGGUUAGUACCGGUGGAAUCCAUGGAACUUAAACCGAGGAAAUCGACCCGUUCCAUCACAGCGAAAUCACAAAUGACUGGUAAAAAGCCCUCAAAUUCGGGACUCAGGGACAUCGUUACAGACAGCACUCCACAUGCAGAGAAUGCUCCAGUGCCUGGAACCCAUAUUGAACUAGAUUCCCAUCCAGUCAUCGUGAUUGGCCACUUCCCUAAAACUCGAAAUUCCCUGGAUUCAUCUAUCGACUCAGGUCAAUUUCAACUGGACUUGGAUCACGAUCAGGUAACGCCUGUUAGAAGUAAGGGCACACUUCCAGUAGAGACAAGUGGGAAAGAGAGGAAUGUGGAAGAGCCUCUCAACAAGCCCUCCAGCAAACUCACUUUCUUUCACUCAAUACAAGAACAUAGAGAUCAAUGGGAUCGGGAAAAUCAUGAUGGUACAACUGUAAGUACAACAUCAAUUGGCUUUCGUCGACGGUACAUGCGGGAUACAGAGGAACAUUCGUGUGAAAAAUUUGAAACCAGUGAAAAGAGAAAGCAGGAAUUUUUCAGUCCACAUUAUCCAGAAAAUUAUCCAGCAUCGAUUGAUUGCAUACGAAUACUCGACGCUGGUGAGGGAAUGGUCUUGAAGCUGGAUUUCCAGGAGCGCUUUGAUCUUGAGGCGCCUAAAGAUAAGGACGAUUGUAAAUAUGAUUUUCUUGAGGUAAGGGAUGGCCUGUAUGGUUUUGCCACUCAAAUUGGACUGUUCUGUGGCAAGUCAUUUCCACCGGAGAUCACGUCAACGGGGAGGUAUCUCUGGUUACAUUUCCACAGUGAUGAUACAAUUCAAUAUGGCGGAUUCAAGGCUGUCUGGACUACUGUACCACGCCCAACAGAUCCCGACAUGCCACCGGAGGCGGAGCCCUGCAUUAAGUACGUGACCCACAAGUAUGAAGCGUUGAUCAACAGUACCGAGAUUGAAGAGGAAAGAGCUGUGGCGCAAAAAAACGCAGUAGCACUUGACUGUCUUUGGAUCGUUGAGGCUAAACCUCAAUGGACGAUGCAAUUGAACUUUGACUCCUUCAAACUCGACAAACCCAACGACUGCGAUGCAAAUUUCAUGUCUGUAUUUGAUGGUCGCACAGAAAUGACGUCAUUAUUGAAAAAUUUUUGUGGUAGCAUCGCUGAAGCCGUUUCUACCAAAACCAGCACCAUGUUUAUUCGAUUUCACAUGGAGCCAAAGGCCAUUAACAGUACCUUCAAAGCCCUCAUGACUGCUGUACGAGCCAAAGAGGACAAACCUUGUAUGGAGGAUGAGUAUGAUUGCGACGACGCGACGUGCAUCGCUUGGGACUUACGGUGCAAUAAACGACAGAAUUGUCGUCUUGGCUGGGAUGAGGAUGUCUCCAUUUGUGGGAAAGGAAAAUCGCUCGCUCUGGACUCCACUCGCAUUGUAAUAAUCCUCGUGAUAUUCGGUCUGAUAAUGUUCGGCCUGACAUUCGUCUUCCUCUUCAAUUGCAUCCGGAAGCUCAUUCGCGAUCAUCGCAUAAUACGGGAGCACAUAAGGCAGUCACGAGAGAAUCGUUUGGAUGAGAUUGGACGAAAGUCAACUCCAUGUCCGAUAUCCGUAUCUCACACGGAUCUUCGUCAGCAUCCAACUGACACACCGAGUCUUGAAAUUGAUUCCAGCAAAGACUUAAUACCAACAGCAACAAUAAUAGCCCAUGAGUACACCAAGGACCUCGUCCUCGAGAUGAAAUACAACACCAAGGACAUCAUUGACAUACAUCAGAGUAACAACGUGAGUAAUGCAACGCAAGAACGUCUCCAGGAAACGACAGAAGAGCCGCAAAUGUGUGACAAUUCAUGCCAAACCCGCGAGAGUCUUUUUGAUCCUCGUAUACCAGACCCAGUGAUUCCAUCCCCGGCCUUUUCGACAUUCGGCUACAACAGCGUCAGUAAUUCCCGCAACGGUGUUUAUCCAGGUGUGAGACAAUCGUCUCGCAACCGUACGUAUAAUUCACCCCAGCACAAUCAUGGAAGUACAUCAAAGCACUCAUCUGUGUGCUCCAACUGCAGUCCAGCAUCAAGAGGUAGAGAUGCAAGUGGAACAAUCUGUCCAAGACACGCACCCAUACCAGCCCCACCCGGAUGGUCCGUCCAUGAUCCACCAUAUCCAGCCGUGAUACCCAUUCAUCCAGAAGACCCUGAGUAUCUCACUUAUCAGCGAUACCAAAGCCCAAAACCAGAGAGAGACGUGAAAGUCUAUCAACCGGGUAUUGUCAAGCAGAGGACAAUCGGUUCUGGUGAAAAAUACGGAAGUUUUUUAUACGGAUCAGAGCGUGAGUCUAGCAACACUGCCAGCAAUACUAAUACAAGUAGUUCACAACAUUCAGGUACUCCAAGAUGUCCAGUUCCAGAUCCACGUUAUCGGGCCGAGGCAGUUAUCGAAGUUGACCAAAGAAGGCCUUUCAGCAUAGAGAGCACCAAAAGUGCUCCUGAUGUCAUUGCCACACACUGACAACGGGAACAAGGGGGUUGGGAGCCGUACAAAAGACGCCAUCCCCGUCAAAAGAGUGAUGAUAAUGAGAUUGACGAUUCCUCAAAUUCAAUUAUGAUCAGUAUUGGCAUACAAAGCUCAUUGGAUGAUGUAUCAAAACAAUCGAACCUCCAGACCUCGUCGUCCUGAUGCACGUGUCCAAACGCAUUCCGUCUUGACCAAGUUGACCGAUCUUCUAGGGAGUUGCUGGACGAUUUACCAAUUUUGAAACCCCCCGAGGAGUUUGGAUCACCUCUGAUUGUGCCGCGGGCUUAUUGCGGUCAUGGACAUUCUCAUUAUACUACGGAAAAACCAAUCAUGCCUUGCUGUUUAUUGAAACAUUGCGAGCAGGAUUUGUAUCGCACGUGGCCCAGAAGAGCAGUGAAAAAUCAGAGAAAUAAAUCGCAGAGGCAGAGCACAACCACCAGUACUUCACGUUUAUACCAUGUGCCAUCUGAUAUAGAUCAAUCUGUGUGGAAUACGGGAUCAGCGGACAAAGUACUGGACGAUGUUGGGGCUUCGAUACCUUUCUGAGUUGAUUUAAUCAAAUUACAAGGUGUUGAAUUCUUCAUAACAGAUCGGCAGACGGAGUGCAAAUAAUAAUAGACUUUGAGUUCAACAACGGACAAAAGUCAAUUAGACUCUAUUGAUUUCUCAGUUGACUUUUUUUUUUUGGUCGAUACUGUUUCCAGGACUAUCACUGCCGAAUGCAGAUUUUCACGGAGGGUAGUUUAAGAUUCAUUCUCACAUUGUUAGAUAUCUAAUAGAUCAACAUAUCUUGUAUAGGCUAAUGGCCCAAAAGAACUUGAAGAGACAUCAUUAUUUUGUUUUGAGAGAUAAACUGAGUGGAACAGAAUUUCGUGAUUUAUUCGUUCGUUAUCGUGGAAAAACUUUGUGGCCAGUUUUUCCUCCCCUAUCGACAUUGUAAAAUUUUCUUAGAAACGUAAACUUCUGGUGAAUACCGUAGGCUGAACUUUCUCACACCCCCUAUUCAUCGGUAUAGAAUUCAAACAUAUGGGAGAAUAAACUUUCAGCAACUGCGAUACAAUUUAAAGUGACUGAGAUUAUCGAUUUGCAGAUUUAUAUGAAACUUUGUGACAACUAAAUUUUAAACAAUAUAUUUUUUCACAUUGAGUUGUAGUCGAAAGGGGGAGGAUGAGAAUAAAUGGGCAGGAAGAGAUAGUAAUUUUCAUUGCAAAAAAAUUAAAGUUAAAAAUAUAAAAUGUAUAUCCCCUCACUCUGCCCCGCGUUUUUGUUUCGUUGGAGUUAGCGUUAAUUAUCUGCAGUAUUAUAUGCCCUUGGGAAUUUACUUUUUAUUCCCAUCGAUAUAAUGGAGGCAUGUAAUCGAGAAUAGUGAACUGUGUAAAUGUGGUGAAUAUAUUUGUACAAGUCUGCUUCGAAUUCAACAGAUGUACUUUUAAACCAGAGGAGUAAUAUAUUAUUAAUCCCACUUAAUUUAAUGAAUUAAAUUAAUUACAUUGUUUUACUCAUGAGUAGGAUACGGCCUAUAUUUAAUUACAAUGAAAAUUGUUUGAAUUAUAAUGCAGUAUGGUACCCGUUGCCCACAAAUUGAAUGCUAGUAUGAGCUAACCGCUUUAUUGUACAGGUGGAAUUUCACGCACAGGGUGUAAACAUUUGUAUAUAAUUAUCUACUGAAGGUAUCUGUCGAAUUGAUAAAUAAA